UUUAAACUCAAACCGAAGGGCAGGAGCAGGGGUUUAGGAGGAAGCCGCCUUUAGGGUUUUUGCGGUACCAACAUCAGCCUCUGUCUCUGAGUCUCUCUCCCUCCAAAACUCUGCAACAUGAUUACCGGCGGGAAAAGCUAUGUAUCUUCGCCUCCAGCCUUCUCAAACGACGGCAAGCGCCUCCUCGUUUGCACAGGCAACACAGUCUCCAUCUUUAGCACCUCCACUGGCUUACAGAUUGCAGCAUUGGAGGGUCACACGGCGGCGGUGACAUCGGUGAUUGUGGUGCCGAGUAGUAGGAUUUUGUGCUACUGCUGGACGGCCUCGCUUGAUGGGACCAUUCGGUAUUGGGAUUUUUCGGUGCCGGAGUUGAUGAAGAAGGUGGAUAUUAAGCUGCCCGUUUACUCCAUGGUGAUUCCAUCUUUAUUAGGCCAACCAGCCUUGAGCAAUGAGAAACCAACCGAUCUUUUUGCUUAUUUGUCUAUUGAAGAUUCAAAAGAACAGGACAGCGUGACCAAACCUAUGCGUGGACAGAUCCGGAAGUGUAACUUGACGGCAUCUCGUUUAAUUGGUGGAUUAAUAUUGAAAGAGACUCGACAACCAGAAUUUAUAUCUGUUAGUUCAUCAGGAAAGUUCUUUGGUAUCAGAAACAAACGCAAGCUUCAUAUAUGGAUGGUCCCUGAAAAAGAUUCUGGGCGUUUAGCGGCAAAGAACAUUACACUGCAUCAUACAAAGAAUUUGACAGUGCUUGCAUUUCAUCCAACUAAGAGGAUUGUAGCUGCUGGUGAUGUAACUGGGAGAAUUUUAGUCUGGAGGGGAUUUGGUUAUCGAGUUCCUUUGAUCGGUGAUGGACUCGUGAGUGGAAGGUUGGUGAAUAAAGAGGAAGAAAGACCUGGGGUGAGGGGAAAUGAUGAUGCUGAGUCUUGCUCCACAUGGCAUUGGCACUCUGUUGAAGUGAAUGUCCUGUCUUUCUCUUCUGAUGGAGCCUAUUUAUAUUCAGGUGGAAAGGAGGGAGUUCUUGUGGUCUGGCAGCUAGAUACAGGGAAGAACAAAUUUUUGCCAAGAAUUGGAUCCCCAGUUCUAUAUUAUACAGAUUCUCCAGAUCCAACACUUUCCUCUAUAUCUUGUGCAGAUAAUCAAAUUCAUAUACUGAAAAUGCCUUCGAUGGAGAUCUUGAAGUCCAUCUCAGGAAUCAAGCUUCCUAAUUCAUUUCCAGGGAUAUAUGAAGGUGGUGGGUUUGCAUUUGAUUACUCUACUGGGUUUGUUGCACUGCCUACAGAGAACUAUAGUGUCCAAUUCUACAGCUUGUUUGAUGACUGUGGAAUAGAUGAGGUUCAGGUCUGUGAAAGAAACCAUCAACCAGCCGAUGAAAUCACAGUAUUAGUGACUUUAGUAGCUAUCUCCCAAGAUGGCUCUAUGAUGAGUACUGUUGAAGUUAAGCUUCCUGAAGAGGGAAUAGGAGGUCUUGUUUGUCUUAAGUUUUGGGCACUGGGUUCAGAGAACAAAAAGUUCAGCUUGUCCACUGUUAUUUAUGAACCUCACAGGGAUGCUGGUAUUUCUUCAGUUGCUUUUCAUCCUACUCGUCGUGUAGCAGUUACCUCAUCAUAUGGUGGGGACUUCAAGAUAUGGGCUUGCAGUGAUGAGAUUCAGCAGAAAGGUUGGAUGCUUCAGAAUUCCGGUUGGGCGUGCCUUGCUGUUGGGUCAUACAAAAAAAAACCAAUGACAGCUGCUGCAUUUUCGUCUGAUGGUUCUGUUCUUGCUGUUGCGGCAGAGACUGUUAUCACAUUGUGGGAUCCUAAAAAGAAUGUCCUUGUCGCUGUGAUUGGAGAGACCUUUUCGCCAAUUGUAACCCUGUCCUUUGCUGGAAAGUCAGAAUAUCUAGUAUCUGUGUCCCGGGGUUCAAAGCCGCAACUUGCUGUAUGGAGUAUGUCAAAAUUGUCUCUAUGUUGGUCAUACAAGCUUCACAUUGAAGCUGUAGCAUGUGCAGUGGAUCUAUUGUCUUUUGCAGUUCUUGCCCUUCUUCCUGAAUCAGCUACACGUGUUGAAUCUAGUGAACCAAUGUUUCAUGGAAUAGAUGGGGUAAUCUUAGUAUUCAAUGUAAUGGAUCCUGUUCCUGUUGCUACCUGGUCCGUAAGAAAGGCCAAGGGAGGUGGGCUUGCAUUUCUUCGAGAAAACACAUCUUCCUUGAAACAGAAUAUUUCAGAUGAGAAUGCACCACAAGCAUUCCUUGCGUAUAUAAAUGGCAAUCAUGAGUAUGUCCUUUUUGACCCAUAUGGCAACGAUGCAAAUGAGCUUAGCAUUGCCAGGCGGGAGGGUCUCGUUGAGCUUGAAGAGACAGGGAAAUUUGGAUACACAUCUAUUUAUGGGGAGUUACCAGAGUUGAACUUAAAAAGAAACCAGACUUCGUUGAUCCGAUCUGCUCCUUCAGAGAGGCCUUGGGAGACCAUAUUCAGUGGGUCCUCGCAUAAUCUUCCACCCCUUACCAGAUUGUGUUCGGCGUUUUUGGAAUCGUUGAUGGAGAAAAGGACUGCCGUAGCCGAGUGACUUCCUCUGGGUCACUUCUUUUUAGUGUAAGAUGAUCUGGGAAUAGUUAUUCAUUUGAUUUGCUUAUUCCCCUUUUACCUCUAUUGCCCAUAUAGAGUUUCACCAAAACAUCAAGGAGAGAGUGUGUGCAUAAAGAUAAGGAAGCUGUGCAAUUGCUAGGCGGACAUGAUGUUGGCAAUGCUGGUGGAAUGGCUAAACUAUUGAAGUAAAUUCUCCCCUGAAGAGAGUUUAUGUUAAGCUUAAGGCAGUCGACUCUUACUGGCUCACAAAAUUUUGUAAUUGUAGGAGGUGUUGAUGCUGUCAAAAUAUUGUGAUUUUCUUUUUCAGUUAGUUCAAAUUUUGCAAUUGAUUUAAAAUUUUGUAAUUGUAGGAGGUGAUGAUGCUGUCAAAAUAUUACUUUUUAAAGUAUAAAUUGAUUUGAAGUUAAUAUAGUGAAAUUAUCAAUUUUUUCUCCUA